CAAUCAGAUCCUCUUUGUCUCUCUUUCUCUCUCUCGAUCACCCCAUACAACGUGUUUCCCCUCUCUCUGUCUUCACCAAACUUUCUUAACCCAAUGUUGCAAUAAGAGUUUGGUGAGUGGAUUUAAUGGUAGCAAAUGCAUUAAGAAAUAACUUAAUUUGCAUGCAUCAUCUCUUCUUCUUCUACUACUUGGCAUAAUUAAUUAGCUCUAUUUAAACAAGAUGCGAGUAAUGCUUUUAAGCCAUCGCAUUCUCUCCUUUUGAUUUUAUAAGCCAUCGUCGCAUUCUCUCCUCUUGCAUCUCCCUAUCCUUUUCAGCUAAAAAAACAAGAAAAUGUAUUACUCUAGCAAAAUCUCCCUUGUUCUCGUGUGCUUCUUCUUCCUUGGCUUCGGCACUGCCACGGCGACGGCGGCCGCUUGCAGCAACGAACCACUAAUAUUCAACUUCGGAGACUCCAACAGCGACACCGGUGGCGCUUCUGUUCUUUCAGGGCGGGAGCUCGAGUUCCCGGAGGGGCGAACAUUCUUUCACGAGCCAACCGGCCGUGCAAGCGACGGUCGCCUCAUCCUCGACUUCUUGUGCGAGAGUCUGGAGACGAAGUUCUUGACCCCGUAUCUGGAGCUCUUCACUCCGGACUUCUCAAACGGCGUUAACUUCGCCUUGGGCGGCGCCGACUCUCGCCUGGGAAGAAACGACAUCAAUUCCGUUGCCUACACUCUGGGGAACGAAAUUGCCGAAUUCAGUCGGUUCCGAAACGUCGCCAUUCGCCGCGGAUCACGUUCAUGCUUAAUUGAUAAGUCGAACUCAUGGUUUAAUGUAAUAACUUGGUUUGAAAUUGUUGUGGACAGAUGCAGGGCAGGUGAAAUCUGCUCUCUUCAUGCUGGAUAUCGGCCAAAACGAUCUCCAAUUCGACGCCAAUAAAGAAACUCCCCAACAAGUGCUCGAAAGAGUCCCCAGAAUCGUCUCCAACAUUGGGGAGGCUAUGCAGAAGCUAUACCAGCUGGGUGGGAGAAAUUUCUGGGUGCACAGCACGGGGCCGUUGGGCUGUUUGCCUUCCAACGUAGCCCUCAUAAAUGCAUCCACGGUGGUGGACGAGUACGGCUGCGUUUCCGACAGGAACAAAGCAGCUGCCGCCUUCAACUCCCAGCUUGAGCGUCUCUGUCGGGAGCUGCGGUCGGAGAUGGGCGACGCCACCAUCGUCUACGUUGACAUCUACUCCAUCAAGCUGGACUUGAUCGUCAACGCGACGUCGUAUGGGUUCGAGAAUCCAUUCGUGGAGUGCAAGCGGGAGAGGGUGUGCCCGGAGGGGUCGCGGUAUGUGAACUGGGAUGGAUUUCAUUACACGGACGCGGCUAAUAUGUUGGUUGCCUCUAAAAUAAUUUCCACUGCUUUCUCUACUCCACCUCUUCCAUUUCAAUUUUUUUGCAAUUAAUUAUCUACUCUUGUCUUGUCGUCUCCACUACAUAUGUAAUAAUCUUCGGCCUUUGCUUAUUUGUAUUAAUCUGAUAUCUAUUAUGUCAUGGUUAGUUUGUAUGCA